CAAUGAUAUAUGCACGAUAUGCAUGCACGAAAAUGACUGUCGAUUCAAUGUCGAGAUGCCUUUGUCAGGCUUUCCUACUAAUAGAUCGAACAGUCUUCUUCCCUGAUGAGAAUGACACGACGGCACGGCAAAAUCAUAUUAUAUAUUUUUGAAAAGCACCUUUAAAAUCGGUCCGAAAACGAUAAGUGAAGCGACAGUCGAUUAUGGAUCAUCUGGUUAACGUGUAUUAUCUGGUCCAAUUGAUUGUCCAGCAAAUUUUGAUAUUUCUGCGAGACUCUGUCUUGCGCGAGUUUACAUGGUUCGCCCCUGCAACGGAGGAAGAUCUCGAUAACGCGGCUUCGAAAAUACGCGCUAUCGCGCCGCAACAUCCUGCCGCCGAUUUUUUCGUGUUCCUCGCCGUUUGCGGGUUCGUUUUUGCGUUCAUGAUGCUGUCCGCGAAUUCUUCUCAGAGCGAAGUGUCGGGCUAUGACACGAACAUCGAGAUGAUUUCUAUGGCUUUCGAAGAGGAUCCAUCGUCCUUCUGGUACUCGAGAACCGUGGGUUCUUUAACGGGCUGCUUCCACGCUUGCGGCGACUCGAUUGAUCCAUCGUGCGACAUUGUUCCCAAGACGCAAAAUAUUUUGCAUCUAGCUACCUCUAGCGCUAAAGUGUCGUCACGUAAAGAAUUUAGAAUCUCAAAUUGCAACGCGCGCUCUAGCCGCGUUAAGCACUCUCAGAAGACGCAGGCGGGUCAUCCUGUCCCUCAGACAACAACUCGGGAAUGGCUGGUAAGACGCACUAGGAGUGGUCACGUCUACGGAAAAUAUCCGAUUUGCUCCCUGGUCUAUCCCACGCUCGUCGUCAUACAGACCCUGAGAGCGAUCGUCGAAGGACGUGCCGAUGGACACUCCUCGGCGCCGAGCAACAUGGAUAUCAAGGACAGCAGCGAUGAAGAGGACGAGAGAACACGCGACGUCGCCGCGUUCGGUAAAUUCGACGAGGCGAUCGUGGUGCGUAACGCCGAGGAGAUCAAGAGCCCGGUGAGCCGCGGGAUCGCGAGCUCCAGAAGGACCAGGAAGAGCGUGACGAGCGACAGUACGAAGACGCUGGUGUCCGGCUCACCGCGUGGCGGCAAGCACGAGUUCAGGAGAUAUUCGAGCAACGAUGUUGGCUUCGAGAAAUCGAAUAGGAUGGGAAUUGGUAGCGAUCCUUCCGACAGCGAGGAGAGCGAUGACGAUGACAUACAGGGUACCAGCGUCGCGAAGCCGAUCGACCUGUACGAUCCUAAGGAAUUCGAGAAUCUGGAGGCCUCGACGGAGGUCAAGGAAUUGUUCCAAAAUAUAAUAAGGUACACACCACAGAGGAUCGAGCUCAAUUACAAGCUGAUACCGUUCGUUCCUGACUACAUACCGGCGGUUGGCGACAUAGACGCCUUCAUAAAGGUGCCAAGACCUGACGGGAUCGAAGAUAAGAUCGGCCUGACUGUACUGGACGAGCCCUGCACCGAUCAGUCGGAUCCGGCGGUGUUGCAUCUGCAGCUACGCAAUCAUUCCAGGAGCGCCGGUGCCGCCGCGCGACAAGCAGUCGUCAAGAGGAUCGAGGACGCCGAGAGGAACAGCAAGUCGAUCGAUAAAUGGAUCGACGAUAUGAAUCAGCUGCACAGAAGUAAACAUCCGCCGGGCGUGCAUCUGAACCGCGUGAUGCCGGAUAUCGACGGGCUGAUGCAGCAGUGGCCGGCGCAGGUGGAAGAGAAGCUCAACGAGCUGCAGCUGGAUUUAUCAGAGCUCGAUUGCGAUCUGCCGCAGCUAGUCGACGUGGCUUGCAAUCUCCUGGACAUUCCCACGCGAGAGAACGCCCGACUGGAGGCCCUCCACACGCUGUUCACGCUGUACUUGGAGAUUCGAAACGCCGAGAGCCGAAACUUCAGUUAGCAUUUAGAUUUACCGAUCAGACCGUAGUUGAGCUAUAAGAAUUGACUCUAGAAUUCGUCAUAUUUAUAAUUCAAUACGAAUUUCAUGAUAUCAUUGAUAUCCACCUGAUAUACAUAUAAAUGCAAGUUUAAUAAAGAUAAGGAUUUAACUGUAAAAA